AUGAACACCUCAUUCAAUGCAAGUGACCUGGUGGUUGCGGCACCUUCCCCUUCGGCAGUAGGGACGUCUUAUGCAACGAUGGCAGGCACCACGCUUACCUCCCGUAGCCGUGCGUGUGUUGUGCAGCACAGGAAGGAAACAACAAAGGCCACUGUGAAGGAAGUGGAUGUUGUGCAUCGAGGUCUCAAGCGGCUUGAGACGCGUAUGCAUGAACUGGAGUCUCGUGUCCAGUACGUAAACCCAUGGGUGGUGCAAUACAUGUGGGAGAUGCUGUGCGAUUUACGGGAUAAGAUUGGGAUGAAGUACAGUCACCAGCGGGAAAAGGCUUGGAUGACCAAUUUGCGGCAACACGGACACUGUUCUUCUGGGGAACAGCUGUUGUCAGAGCGAAGGGCAAAGUCGUCGGCAAAUCGAGGUUCCACUGAGAUAACGACGGCAGCGAGAAUGAGGGAAACGGAUUCAGUGGAUGGAAUACUUUUGACAACCCCAAUGCGUCUCUUCGAGGAGAGCAAUGAGGUUGGUACUGUGGACUACCACAAUGACGAAGGUGACGCCCUGGAGACAUCAGUGUCGUCUGAAAGUGAUGAUGACACUCCAUUGGUUUGCAAAAAAGGUGCGAUGAUGGCUGAUGCUCGUUCUCAGGGCGGAGAAAACUUUGGGCUGGAGCCCCCCAGCGACGGGACGGAUAGAUUGAGGGGUGGGAGACGGUCGGUAAAAAAUGGCCGGUUGCUGACUCGUUAUAUUGCCAACGUCGAUGCGCGUUGGGAGAGCUACCGGGUUGCCCAGGAGGAGUGUAACAGCAGGAUGGAAAUUGCUCUGGAGGAGAGCACGCGGCGCUCCUUUUUUUUUUCUCCAUGUCAUGUAGUUUGGCGAAUGCGCUGCAUCAGAGGGAACUUGGUUUGGCUUCUGCUGCAUCCUCCACCCGUAGGAACAAGUACGACACGCAACAGACUGCAACACAGCGCAGGAGAGACACUGCAAGGCAGCGUCAACGGGAGCGACUGGAUGAGUUCGAUGUGUCUUUUCCAUCGCGUACUGAACUUCCGGGGGGACUGUCUCCCAUUGAACCAACCCAGAGUCCUUCUGAAUUUUUCUCACCGCAGAGGGGCAGCAAUAGGCGCGGCAGGAAUCAGGACCAAAAUCGGCCAGCGGAACGAGAUCUGA